AACUGGCUUACAUCCGGUUGUCUGCUUUUUUCCAGUUCAGACUCAAGCUGCACGUACAAAUUGUCAAUUAGCAGUGCUCAGAAAAAUUACUUUCUGCGACCAUCAAUGGAUCGAAGAAAUAUAGCAAAGAGGCGGGGAAAACCAAACAGAGGAGGAGGGCGUCACAAUCAAGGUCAUGGGGCUCAUCAUGGUGGGCACAGCAGAAAAGGUGAUUUGGAUUUUGACAAUUUGAUGGAUGGCCCAGUACUUCAGGGAAGCAGAGGAGGGCGUCACAAUCAUGGUGGGCACAGCAGAAACAGUGAUUUUGAUCUUGACGAUUGGAUGGAUGGCCCAGUACUUCAGGGAAACAGUGCAGGGAGAGAUCAACCAAUACCCACCGGAAAGCCGACAGCCCGUGGUCGUGGCAGAGGUCAGCCUGCUCAAACAAGGAACAUAACCCCUGUGACAGGAAAUCAUGAACCUAAGGUCAAGGCUGAAUUACAGCAUCUACACAUGACAACAGAGAAUCAGAAAAUGGUGCAUGAUGUGCUCAAGAGUCUUCGUGAUGGUGAUAAUGACAGUGUUCACUCUGACUCAGAGUGUGAUGAGCUGGAUACACGCAGUGAUGAGCAUUAUUGGCAGACUAAGGUGUCCCGAGUUGUAAAAAGUGAUGGCACAUAUCUAUCACAUAUCCGUCCUAAGGAAACUUCCAGACAGGCACAAACUAUUAGCUCGGCAGAUGUCAACUUGGUUGUUCUUCAGAAGCUUGAGAGAUGUGGCUUCAGCCGUUCUCUUUGUCAGGAAGCGAUUCAAGUGUGUGAUGGUGAUUUGGGAGCAGCUCUUGAAUAUCUGCUAACAGAGCUUAAAAGUCUGGAUGGAACUGCAAAGUUGAGUUCAAGCUCACCACUUUCAGAUGGGAAAACAGAAAUUCCAGAAGAUAUCUGGGCACUGCGAGAGGAAGAAAAAAUGGCACUGCAGUCUAUUUUUGAACACCGCUUUGUGGAAAGGCUCGUGAACAGAGUGUGGGUUUUGCACUUGGAGCUGCCAGAAUUAAAGCAGUUGUUGAACUUUGGAGGGAGUGGUGCUACAUUGGCUUCCUCGGGUUUUGCAAAGAAGGAGGUUCAAAGUGUGAGAGAGGUCUGUAGAUUUUACAAAAGAGGAAUGUGCCGCUUUGGUGACAGAUGCAAGAAUCAGCAUGUGAGAGAACUCAGCAUGUCCAAGAAAUCAGAAGAACUGCAGGGCCCUCUAGCAGACAGUCUAUUUGUGUUAGAAAUUCGCUUCCCAGUCGGCAACCGUUACCCCAAGGAAGCUCCGUUGCUAGCGUUCUCCUCUGUUGUGGGAAGGAUUCCACCCUACUGUUGCUUGAACAUUUCUCGUUUUCUCAUGAAGUGUGCACAGAAACUGGCUGAUGAAGUUCAGCCAGCCAUUUACUCAUUGGUCAGUUUUCUAGAAAACUCGGAACAAUUGCAGACGUUGUUAGAAAUGCCACCUUCUCCACUUGCUGAUCCAUCUUUGCUGUUGGCACAUGAUGAGAUGGGGUUAUCUUCACCAGAUGUGGAUGCAAAACCUUGCAGGCAAAAGACAUUUGCCAAAACAAGUUUAGGAAAUGGCAAACCAAGUUACAGGAGAGAUGAGACAGUUCUCGUGGAACAGAGCUCAAGAAAAGAGUGUGGCUCGUUCAGUUCACAAGGCAAGAGAAAGGAAUUAAGAGCAGAAGAAAAUGAUGAUCAAGGCUCAGACAAACCUGAUCCACAACAUAGCUCUGUGAAAUCUGCAUGGGAGAAAUCGAUGAAUAAUAUGACAGGGAGUUGUCAGGCUUCCUUGCAGGAAAAACAAGCUCAUGUUUUGAAACAGAACAAGAAGCUGAAGGAAGAUUUCAGAAUGAAAGCAUCCAACCAGUCAUACCAGAAGCGAAUAGCAAACCGACAGAAGCUGCCAACAUGGGAUUACCAGGAUGAGGUGCUGGCUGCUAUUGAAGAGAAUCAAGUGGUGGUCAUAAGUGGAAUGACUGGGUGUGGUAAAACUACUCAAGUGCCACAGUUUAUCUUUGAUAAAUACCUGAAGAUGCGUGAUCUUCGUCUGUGCAAUAUUGUUUGCACACAGCCCCGCCGCAUAUCUGCCAUUUCAGUAGCAGAACGAGUUGCUUAUGAACGAAUUGAGAGGCUAGGUAAUUCUGUCGGUUACCAGAUUCGUUUGGAGAGUGUGCAGUCACCUGCAACCCGCUUACUGUUCUGUACUACUGGAAUCAUUUUGAGGAGGCUGGAAGGGGACUCUUCAUUGUCUGAUGUGACGCAUCUGAUUGUGGAUGAAGUUCAUGAACGAUCUGAGGAGAGUGAUUUUCUCCUGAUGAUACUUCGGGAUAUUUUACCAAAGCGUCCUGAUCUCAAAGUCAUUUUGAUGAGUGCUACACUGAAUGCUGAUCUGUUUUCAUCUUAUUUCAACUACUGUCCUGUUGUUGAAAUACCAGGGAAAACUUUUCCUGUGAAAGCAUUUUUCUUGGAAGAUGUCAUUGAAAUGACGAAGUUUACAGUUGAGGACAAAGCACCAUGCGCUCGUUUUCAACCAAAGCCACUUCCCAGCAGUGGAAACAGAAACAAGAAGUCUAGAAAAGGCCCAACACUCAGCUAUGCAGAUGCUAUUGAAGAAUCACUAAAGGGACUGUCUCUAGAUGAUGAAUCUGAUGAAUAUGAUGAUCCCAGUGACAAGUGGACCGACGAGAAGCUGAAUGUGAAACAGCUCUCAGCAAGAUAUUCAGACUACAGCAAGCGGACUAUUCGCUGUCUGGCUAAUAUGGACUAUGAGAAAAUUAACUUUGAUCUCAUUGUGACUCUCCUUGAGUGGAUUGUAGCUGGUAACCAUCAAUUUCCCAAGCAAGCUGCUGUCUUAGUGUUUCUACCUGGCUUUGCUGAAAUACAAACAUUGUUGGAUGCACUGAUUUCCUCUUCUGAGUUUGGCCAUCGCAACAGAUCAAAGUACAAGAUUGUCCCUCUUCAUUCAUCACUUUCCACUGAAGAACAGAACUCUGUUUUUAUGAGGCCUCAAGAAGGAGUGACAAAGAUUGUCAUAGCUACUAACAUAGCAGAGACAUCCAUCACAAUUGAUGACAUUGUGUAUGUAAUAGACUCAGGCAGAAUGAAAGAAAAGAGGUAUGAUGCAGCUCGCAGUAUGGAGAGUCUGGAGACUGUGUGGGUGUCGAAGGCAAAUGCCCUUCAGCGCCGAGGUCGAGCAGGUCGUGUAAUGUCUGGCGUCUGCUUUCAUCUGUUUACAAAUCACCGAUUUGAGAAUGUUUUGCGUGAACAACCAAUUCCAGAAAUACAGAGGGUGCCGUUAGAGCAACUGAUGCUGCGAAUAAAAAUGCUGGACAUUUUUUCAUCUCAUGAAGCCACAGAGGUCCUUUCAAAGGUCAUGGAGCCGCCUUGUGAAGAGGCCAUGAAGAACGCCAUACAUCGACUGCAGGAUAUUGGUGCUCUUGAUGAAAAAGGGAGUUUGACUGCCCUUGGUUAUCAUCUUGGAUCUUUGCCACUUGAUGUUAGACUUGGAAAGCUGAUGGUAUUUGGGUCAAUCUUCCGAUGUCUGGAUGCCUCCUUAACAAUAGCAGCAGCUCUGAGCUUCAAAUCACCAUUUGUUUCCCCAUUUGACAAGAAAACAGAGGCAGCUGCAAAAAAGAAAGAGUUUGCUGUGGGAAAUUCAGACUAUCUUACCAUCUUGAAUGCUUACAAUCAAUGGUUGGAAGUAAAAAAGCAAGGAAAACAAGAAGAGCAUAGAUUCUGUCAUGAGAAUUUCAUGUCACAGAAAACACUCCAGAUGCUUGCCAGUUUAAAACAACAGUAUUUGGAGCUCCUCUCAGACAUUGGCUUCACGGAUGCUGGCAUCAAGCUUAGGAACAUUCAGCGAGCUGCUCGCGAGUUUGGUGGAGAUGGUGUUCUUAAUGUUACAGGGCAAGAUGCAAAUGCAAACAUCAAGAACUGGAAAUUGAUUUCUGCAGUCCUGGUUGCAGCUCUGUAUCCAAAUGUUAUGCGGGUGAUGAGCUUAGAAGCAAGAAUUAAACAGAGCAUUCCAGGGUCAGAUCUCAAGUUUGAGACCAGACUAGAUGGACAAGUACACAUCCACCCUUCUUCUGUCAAUUUUCAAGAGCACAAGUUUGAAAGCCCGUAUCUGGUUUAUCAUGAAAAGGUCAAAACAAGCAAGGUGUACAUCCGUGACUGCACUAUGGUGUCUGUCUAUUCGCUGCUGCUCUUAGGAGGAGGACAAAUCUCUUCUGACUUGCAUCGUGGCAACUUUAUUUUGUCCAUGGACAAAGGCUGGAUACGCUUCGUUGCUGCUUCUAGCCAGAUUGCCCAGUUACUUCAGCAGUUACGCCUUGAGUUGGACCAGCUGCUUCAAGACAAGAUAAAGAGUCCUAACAUGAACCUGAGCACCUGCCCACGAGGCUCCAAAAUAAUUGACACCAUUGUGAAACUGCUCACCACACAAUAGGAUUCCUGCAAAUAAACUUUCUCAGAAAACCA